GGUGCUGCGAACUGUGGUUGGACUGCUGUCUUUGUCCCCUCUCUUUUAGUUUUCUCUCUCUAAAGAGCUCUCUCUCGAAACCCUCUCGACCACAGAAAAACCCUAGCUUUAUCUGUGAAUCCAGCAUAAAAUGGGUUCAGAAGGAUCAGGGGUUGUGGUUCCAAGGAAUUUCAGAUUACUGGAAGAGCUUGAGAGAGGGGAAAAGGGAAUUGGCGAUGGAACUGUCAGUUAUGGAAUGGAUGAUGCUGAUGAUAUAUACAUGCAGUCGUGGACUGGGACUAUCAUUGGUCCUCCUAAUACCGUUCAUGAAGGGCGCAUCUACCAGUUGAAACUGUUCUGUGGCCAGGACUAUCCGGAUAAUCCACCAACUGUGAAGUUUCAGACUCGGAUAAAUAUGACCUGUGUCAAUCAGGAAACUGGAGUGGUCGAACCAAGUCUUUUCCCCAUGCUUGCUACUUGGCAGAGGGAGCAUACAAUGGAGGACAUAUUGACUCAAUUGAAGAAAGAAAUGAUGUCUCCCCAGAAUCGAAAGCUGGCUCAGCCUCCUGAAGGCAAUGAAGAGGCGAGGAUUGAUCAAAAAGGGCUUGUCCUGAAGUGCUGUAUUCUCUGAAAUGGGUGGGAGUUGAAUGAGCAUGAUAAUGUAUAUAAAAUACAUACAUUAGAUGAUUCCAACUCUCGGCUUAGUUUAUUUAUUACAUAUGUUUGUCUGAGAAAGGAGACCAGAGUAAAAGGAUCAAUCCUCAAUCCUCAAUCCUGGGAUUGUUGAUGUUAAAUGUUUUUAGUGUCAAAUGGUAGCUCAGCUGAAUAAGUCGGAUUCUUCAGUGAAUUGAUGACAUUUAAUAUUCCAUAAAAUUGUUGUCUAUAUUAUUUACUAUGAGAUGAAUGCGAUGCACCAGUGCAUUUAAAUAAGAAACCAGGCAUGUCCCUCUUGAACCUGGAUUUGGCUGGUUCUGGGUUUAUCAUUA